GUUUACGGUUAUUCGUCUAUGUCGACAUUCCUGAUUUCCUGAGUUUCCCAAAGUUUCGAAAUUUUUAUCCAUUUUACAAUUUUCAUUGAAACUUAAGUAGAUUUUGAAAAUAAUUUCUUACACUAUUAUCAUUUAGGUCAGAAAGAAAGUAUAGGUUUAUUUAAUCUGGAUAGAUUACGAUAAAAUGGCAACAAGCAUUGUGUAUCUGCUCUGCGCGAGUAUGCGCGAAGAAAAUUAAGAAAAAAGAAAAAAAAAGAAAAGAAAUGGCAGUUACUAGAGAGAAAGAAAAUUGUACAAGAAAAAUUAAUGGAAAUAUACCCGCAUUAUCGCUCAACAGUGCUAAUAUGUCGACGUCCACGGACAGUGACGACGUAGCCGACCCGACAUAUGAAAUUAGGAACAUUCAGAGCAUAAUAAACGUGACAAGGGAAAAUAUUGAUGCUUUGAACGCGAAGUUCGCAGGUUUACAGCACCCGCCGUCGCUGUACCUGUCCGAGUACCAGGAGCUGACGGCCAAACUGCACCACCUGGAGCUCAGGGAGCAGAAGCUUCGCGAGCUGCUGCAGUGCGACUCGCCAGACCGCAGCGAGGAGUACACCUGGCAGGACGAGUCCAAGAAGUAUGACACGCUGACGCGCCAGCCCAAGGUGUUCCUGCGGGCGCACCUGCCCAACCAGCAGCGCACCAGCGUGCAGGUGAAGGAAGGGGUGACACUGCGCGAGGCGCUGAUGAAGGCGCUCAAACUGAGGAACUUGACUUGUGAAAUGUGUGAAGUGGUUCGGACAGGCAACAAUGAUGUGAUACCGUGGGACAUUGACAUUACUAUGAUAGAUGCAGAGGAGGUGACAGUGCGCAUCCUGGACAAGCUGCCUGUGAUCUCGCACAUGUCGCACCAGUUCACCAGGAAGACAUUCUUCACGCUGGCCUUCUGCGAGUGCUGUCGGAGGCUGCUGUUCAACGGCUUCUACUGCUCGCAGUGCAACUUUAAAUUCCAUCAGCGCUGUGCUGACAAAGUGCCCAGUAUUUGCCAUCAGGGUAGACUGACAGACGCGUACUAUGCUGCCUUACUUGCGAAAAACCCAGAUACACAUCCCGGCUUCAUAUACCUGCCACAGAACUUUGGUUACCAUCAGAACAAGUCUGCCUCCCCGGCCAAGAAGAUGAAGGAGUUUGAUGUUGGCUGGCAGCAGCACCCGCGCUCGCUGAACCAGCAGGACCGCUCCAACUCGGCGCCCAACGUGUGCAUCAACAUGGUCCAGCGGCCGAUGACCCUCGCAGAGCACCAGCGGAAGCAGAACCAGAGUAACAACUCCCCACAGUCGUCAAACUACCUGACGUCGGGGCGACACAACAAAGACGACAAGGACAAAGGCGAACAACAGAGCCAGAGCACUCAGGCGUCGCCGACGGGCACUCUGAGGCCGCGGCGGGCGCGCGCGCGCUCGGCCGACGAGUCGUGGAAGCACGCCCUGUCUCCGCGCGAAAGCUACGACGACUGGGUCAUACACGCCGACGAGAUACUCAUCGGCGCACGGAUAGGGUCGGGCAGCUUCGGGACAGUGUACAAGGCGCACUGGCACGGGCCCGUCGCCGUCAAGACGCUCAACGUCAAGACUCCCACGCCUGCGCAGCUGCAGGCCUUCAAGAACGAGGUGGCAGUGCUGCGCAAGACGCGGCACUGCAACAUCCUGCUGUUCAUGGGCUGCGUGUCGAAGCCGUCGCUCGCCAUCGUGACGCAGUGGUGCGAGGGCUCGUCGCUGUACCAGCACCUGCACGUGCUGGAGACGCCGCUGCCGAUGCUGUACCUCAUCGACGUGGCGCGCCAGACCGCGCAGGGCAUGGACUACCUGCACGCCAAGAACAUUAUACACAGGGACCUGAAAUCAAAUAAUAUAUUCUUAAGAGACGACUGGUCGGUCAAAAUUGGCGACUUCGGACUUGCCACGGCCAAAGUGCGGUGGUCAGACUCGUCGACGCUGGGCGGCGUGCAGUGGCAGCAGCCGACGGGCUCCAUCCUGUGGAUGGCGCCGGAGGUGAUCCGCAUGGACGAGCCGGUGCCCUACACGUUCCGCUCCGACGUGUACGCGUACGGCGUCGUGCUGUUCGAGCUGAUGGCCGGCGAGCUGCCCUACAACCACCUCAACAACAAGGACCAGAUCCUGUGGAUGGUGGGGCGCGGGCUGCUGCGGCCGGACGUGCGGCGCCUGCGCCAGGACGCGCCGCAAGCGCUGAAGCGGCUGUUCGAGGACUGCAUCAAGUUCGACCGCGAGCAGCGGCCGCUGUUCCGGCAGAUCCUGGCGUCGCUGGAGUCCAUGCUGCGCGCCAUGCCCAAGAUCACGCGCAGCGCGUCGGAGCCCAGCCUCAGCCGGCAGCUGCACGCGUCGGACGACUACCUCAGCUACAGCUGCGCCUCGCCCAAGACGCCCGUCAACUUCCAGUUCAACACCGACACCAGCUUCCCCGCCUUCUAUGGCAUCCCAGUGCCUAACCAACGACACACAUAGUGGCGCGAGUGGCCGCCCUCCUGUGUCCGGUAUCUGCACUUGUUUAUACUCUACGCCACUUGUACGUCAUCCAUUGAAUUGCGGAUAUACAAUCAGUCAGUAACGUUUCUGUCAUCGGUUAUACUUAAUUUGCUACGCUGUGGCGUGGUGUGAACAACAAAUGAUUUGUACACUAUAGUUUGUUCAUUAUAGGAUGGUAUGAGUGAUAGGUCAACAGAUAUAAUAUAGCUUGGUAAAUUCGUUGAUGACACUCCCAUGAUAUGCGGGCGACGGGAGAAAGGACAUCGCGGGUGUGAAGUUGUGCGCGCGGGGCAUCGCUAGUGUUAAGAACGAUGCCAAGCUAUAGUAAUAUUUUCUUGUAAAAUGUUUUACGGUUACCAGCAGGUCUAGCAUUCAAUUAACGACAUAUUAUCUAGUGAAGAGAAAUAGACAAAAAGUGGACCAAUGCUGGCGGAGUUCUUCCAGUCUCUUUCGUCCCAACGCAAUGAUAAAUAGCUGUAUUUGCAGUUUUGUCGCUGUUGUUUGACGUUUGACUAUUUUUCUUUUAAUGAGAUAUAUUGUUGUUCGCUUGUUAGGCCUACUGCUUUGUUGUCAUAUAAAAAUGACAUUAGUAAAUUAUUUUACUUUAUAAAAAAUCUCCUCUUAGAAUUACAAAAAAAUCUUUGAUUUUUAUAGUUUUCCAACAUAUCUUUUUUUUUAAUUAUUUUUAUUGAUACCUAAAUUAUGGCUCCAGACCGUUAAUUGAUAUAUUUUACUAUUUGUUUUAAAUAACUACAACACAUACAGUCCUACAAUGAACACACUAUGGGUUGAUACCUCGUAACCGGACAAUGUCGACCAUUUGAUGUAUUAUUUAUUUCAACAUUGUAUAUAAUUUUUAGUCCAGUAAUCUUAAAUUAAAUGCUUCUUUUGCUUAAAAAUUUGAUUAGACAUUUGGAUUACACCCAUCUACAAUCAUUAUUGUGAGUCUCUUAACCAAGAAUUUCAGAUGGAUUCGGAACUUUUAUCCAUUACAGGAACUUUGAUUGCUAAAACCGCUUUGUAUUCCAUUAUUAUGGUUGUUUAUAAAUUAUUAAGUUCAAUUAUUAUUUGAAUAACGACCUACCACUGCGUUUUGAAAGUAAAACUUGGUAAAUAUUUACUGAGACAUCACAGUAUUGAUUGUCAAUACGGGUGUAAGACGAAUGCUGUGAAAACGCUGUGCGUGACAGAUAUGUGAUAAAACAAAUUGUAAAUUUAGGUUUUUAAUUUAAACGUUUUGACACAUUUUUAACAGAAAACUAUCACUCAGCCAAAUGACAAGUAUUCUUUGUGUGAUAAUCAAAAUGAGAGUGAUGAAUUUUCAAUGGACAUGAGCUGGAUGCUCGGGCUUCAUAUUUUGAUUGUUACUACUUUGAGAGCUUACGGAGAGAUUAACUUUAGCCCCAACAAAAAUAUGUAGUCUUUUAUAAGAGUUUUGGACCUGUCAAUGUCCAAUAUAACUUUAAAUAAUCAUGUCUUUAAAUAAUAAUAUUUAUUAAGUUGAUCCUCAACUUAAUAAAUCUUUUAAGACAUCAUCAUAUUGGUAUUGUCAACCUCCUGAAAUCUUUAAUUAGAUAAGUAUGAGUAACUUUUCAACAGUGCUAAUAAUAAACGAAUACUUAUUUAAAAAUAUUACAUAUUUUUACGGUCUCCGUGACGCAGUAGUAUGCGCGGUGGAUUUACAAAACUGAGGUCCUGGGCCUGGUUCAAUCCCCGGCUGGGCAGAUUGAGAUUCUCUUAAUUGGGAGGCUUCGGCUGUGGCUAGUUACCAUCCUACCGGCAAAGACAUACCGCCAAGCAAUUUAGCGUUCCGGUACGAUGCCGUGUAGAAACCGAAAGGGGUGUGGAUUUUCAACCUCCUAACAAGUUAGCCCGCUUCCAUCUUAUACUGCAUCAUCACUAACCAUCAGGUGAGAUUGUAGUCAAGGGUUAACUUGUAAAGAAAACUAAAAAAAAAACAAACACAAUUUAACCAUGUGAUUCGUAGUCCCUUCAUAAGUUCUCAUUGUAUGAGGAAUCGACAAAUUUAGACACGUAUCUUGAUGCAACUGAUAGUUCGUAAGAGGCUGUAAAUAUUGUAAUCGUAAGCGAUAUACGACAUCCGUGUUAUAUUAUCUGUGCCGUUAGUGUGGAUUUACAAGUGGACAGACAAACAUCCGACGUUUAGUAUCGACCAAACGUGACGGUGACGUCACAUCUGCAGAAAGGACGGGCUGGCAUAAUAGACCCAUCGCUUUUUUUUUUCUCGAAAUCCCAGUGCUCUACGAUAGUGUUAGGUAUUAGGACACAGAUGAACUGGAAUUGUCAAAUAAUAUGGUCCCCAAUGUGUCAUUAACGAAUUUUUUGUUUGUUAUUAACGAUUUUUUUUUUUGUUUGUCAAUAACGAAUUUUUUGUUAAUGAAACACGGCUAAAACUCACGUGAUAUUAGGUCGGAGUAUGCCCGACUAAUUUCGAACCCAUACGGGGCCCUUAGUCAUGAGCUUAGCCUUAGGUUCGAAACUAGUUGGGCAUAGAACCUAAUAUCACGUGAGUUUUAGUCGUGUUUCAUAAUAUAUUAAUAUGAAUAACAAAUUUUUUGUUUGUCAUUAACGAAUUUUUUGUUCGUCCAAGUGUCUAUCUGUGUGUAUGUGUCCCAUACAUAAUAUUUGCAUCAUGCGCCGCGAUUAAAAAAAAAUGGUUGAUUAUGCCAGCUGCCGUAUAAAAAAGUUUGAACCCCAUACAGAUCGAGUCGUCGUCAAUUUGUCAACUUGACAACUCGCACUAGAGGCUCCGGACGCUUUAAAUAAAUGUUUGUUACAAAUUCAUGGUACAUUUGUGAUCCUUAAUUUACACAUUUUUGUCUUUAUAGUGUAAUUUGUAAAUUAACCGCCGAGCCACCUCUUUGUCGCAUAACUAAUUAACAAGACAAUACCAAAAGUGUAAACUAAAUUGACAUCUGUAAAAAUAGUGUACUACAUUAGCUGUCAAUUUAGUGUAUAGUGAAUAGCCUUAGUGGCUUUUGAAACACUCGUGUCUCAUAGACCAGUAUUAGUAGAGGAUCCCAAUUAGAAAUGACCUUCACCCAUUUGUUUAAUGGAUGAAAGUAUAUAUAAAAUUGAACUUGUUAAACAAAUUAUAGCGAAUAGUAGCCAUAAAAAUCCUGGCCAAACUAUUACUAAAGUCGCAAAGCUUUGGUAACAACUAUGAUCCUUGCAGCUACAAUCCAGAAAAUCAAUACAAGUAAAACCUACUCGCAAUAUGUUUUUAACAUACUAAACUUGAUAUAAAAUACUUUUCAUAUUAAAUAGAUGGGUGAAGGUCGUUUCUAAUUCCGCUCUUGGACUUAAUAUCUCAUGCGAUAAAGUUGUGCUCCUACAUUGAGGCUGCUUUCUGGUUGAUACAUUUGAGGGGAAAAUUUCAAGUAAACGUGUAGAAACUGAAAGGGUUGUGGAUUUCAUCCUCCUCCUAACAAGUUAGCCCGCUUCCGUCUUAGAUUGCAUCAUCACUUACCAUCAGGUGAGAUUGUAGUCAAGGGCUAACUUGUAAAGAAUUGAAAAAAAAUACCUGUCGUAAUCCUUUUCACAACGAAUUUUAGUUUUGUAAAACCUAUCAAAUUUGGGUUAAAUUGUUUAACUAUAUCUGUUCUUAAUGUCAUUGGCGGACUUUUUUUUUUUGGAAAAAAUUUGAUUGAUAUAUGAAAACAUUUUAUUUGUCUUGAUUAUUAUUGGUUGUGGUUGUAUUAUAUUAUUUAUAACUAGUUGAUGCCCAAUGACAAAAUGACAUAUGUAUGUAUGCUUAGAUGAAAUGUUGUAUGUUUGCUUGAAACUUUGCACAGGUAAAGACAUCAGAAAGUGGCCCAUUGAAAAUGUGAAAAUAGUGUCAUAACUUCAUUUUUAAACCAGUAAAUUAGUGCCUUUAAAUAAUUGAAAAUUUCGAAAUUAAACUAUUUGUAUUCACUCGUAUGCAAUAGAUUGACAAAUAGAUCACUAUCUGAGGGUGUGGUCGUAAGAUACGGUAGUCGUAUUCUUGGCGUUACGAUGGAAACACACUUUACAAGCGGCCAGAACUUGACACUUAGUUUUUAAGGAUGUAUAUCGAAAAUGUAACCCACGUUUACUUCUAUCGUACCAACGCGUCCAUUUCCUCGAUGCUUUUAGGAGACAUUAAAAAUAAUUAAUAUAAUUCUCAUUUCGAAAUUUGAUCGCAAGUUGUAUUACCGACGACGAUGAUAUACCUGCUGAUUCGGCUGCACACAAUACAUAUGUAUCCUCGUUAUAGUACGCGUUAGCUUCGCCAAGCGAUUUAGCGUUCUGGUACGAUGCCGCGUAGACGAGGUAAAUAUAUCGUACUCCUUUCAAGUUUGCGCGUUAUUAAGUAUUAUGAUGAAAUUUUGUGUUCAGCCAAAUUAGUAAGUUUAAAUAAAAAACAAAGAUCAAAGGAAAGUGAUAUUGCUUACAAACGCGAGCUCACUCUAUAAUGUUGUGUGUAUUUUUGUCUAAUUUAAUCCAUUUGCGGUAUUUUAAAAUCUAAAAUAUUUCAACUCUAUUAUUUAUUAUUCUGUGUACAGUGUAUUAUUUUCCUUUGCUCUAUGUUUGGAAGGUGAUACUUAAUGGUCAUGACGCAUAAUAAUGUUAAAAAGUAUUAUUUGUAUAAAUUAGUUAGAUCCCAAGCUUGGGUCAUCGGAGUGUAAGGACAGGGGCGCACUUUGAACACGAGAUGCCACCUUCAAUGUGUUGGACAACACAGCGUCGCGUGUUUUAAGUGUGAUUCCAUCUUAAGUAAAAUGAAGGGUCAUUGUAAAUAAAUUAUUGUAAUUACUCUAGCUUAAUGUCGGUUUAAGAACCUUGUGUAUACAUUAUUAUCAUAAUUUUACUGCAUAACUAUUGUAAGGAACACAAUAAAUUAUUGUUUCAAUUUA